AUGGUGCACUGCGGCUCGGGGGUCCUCCUCGCCGCCUCCCCAUUCCCUCCGCGGCGCCCGGAUAAAGGUUCCGCUCCGUGCGCAGUGCGGCUCGGCUCGGCGCUGCCAGUGAAGAAGGUGGUGGGGCCCGGCCGCGGGGCGCUGUUCCCUCGCGGAGAAGGAGGCCGAGGCUGCAGCCUGGCAGCGGCGGAGUCUCCGCCGGGGUGGGGCUGGGAUAGCGGAACAGACCUGGAGGACAUGGACGGCGGAGGAGCCCCCUCGACUAGGGGCCACGGCAGCGGGGGCGGAGUGAUCCGCGAGCUGUGCCGCGGCUUCGGCCACUACAACCGGCACCUGGCGCGGCUGCAGCACAACCUACGGGAGACCAAGAAGUUCUUCCGCGAUAUCAAGUACUCCCAGGGGCAGCCCUUCCCCAUCGUGGUCGUCCCCUCCGGGUCCGGGGAGCCGCCGCCGGCCGUCCUCCCCACGCCCGGCUCUAGGGACAGCGCCCCCAGCGGCAGCGUGUUGCAGCCCGGACAAUUGAUUUCCUUAUCCUUCCCCCACUAUGAAGAGGAGUACCUCCAGCUGACAGUGAACUGGCACCCAUGCCUUCUAAUCCUUGGUCAGAACUGCAAUGCCAAAUGCCAAUUACUAAACAUGCUUUUGGGUGAGAAGCUGCUACCCACCACCAAAAUAAGCAGCGAGGAGAACUGUAAGAGGCGGCGGAUCCGCUUCACACAUGGGACACAAACACGGAUUAGUCUGGCGCUGCCCGGGCAGUAUGAACUAGUGCAUAUGUUGGCAGCCCAUCAAGGGCAAUGGGACACAAUACCAGAGGAGGACUUGGAAAUCCAUGGGGACAAUGAGGAUCCAGCACACCAGAUAGCAGAGCUGGAGGUGACGCUGCCUUACUUGCUACUAAAGGAGGUGGACAUUGUGGUAGCCCCAUGUCGGGGAUUCCAGUCUACUGAGGUCACCUUGGGAGAGUACGUGAACCAUGUCUUGCCUGUCGUCACCUUUGCCAUCAGUGAGGCUAAACUGUCAGCAUCUGAUGAAAACGAACUGCGGGAAAUCCAAGAGAAAUUCUCUUUGCCUGUUUUCUUUUGCAAAGUGCCGGAGUCAGAGGCUGAACUGAUCUCUCCCAAAAAGGCUGAGAAUGAGAAGUCAUCCCUCUACUGUCAGCUGAUGGACCUAGACUACCUGAGUACCAACCACUGCAGCUGUGGGGCCCCUAGUUCUGAUGCCAAAGCCCAGAGCAUGCUGGUGGAGCAAUUGGAGAAAUUCCGUCUCCUGAGCACUUUCUCCAGGCAGGUGCUGCAGAAGCACCUGGUGGAUGUAGCUACCAUCCUGAACAUGGUGCACUGCCGCUGCCUGGACAUCUUCAUCAACCAGGCUUUUGACAUGCAACGAGAUUUGCAGAUCACCCCAAAACGGCUGGAGUACACGCGCAAGAAGGAGAAUGAGCUCUACGAGUCUCUGAUGGGUAUUGCCAAUCGCAAGCAGGAGGAGAUGAAGGACAUGAUCAUAGAGACUCUCAACAACAUGAAAGAGGAGCUGCUGGAAGAUGCUGCUAACAUGGAAUUCAAAGACAUCAUAAUUCCUGAGAAUGGGGAACCUGUGAGUACCAAGGACAUUAAAUGUUGUAUUAAGCAAAUCCAGGAACUGAUCAUUUCUCGGUUAAACCAAGCGGUUGCCAACAAAUUGAUAAGCUCCGUAGACUACCUGCGUGAAAGCUUUGUGGGGACGCUGGAGAGAUGCCUGAGGAGUCUGGAGAAGUCUCAGGAUGUUUCAGUACAUAUCACAAGCAAUUAUCUCAAACAGAUACUAAAUGCAGCCUAUCACGUUGAAGUCACUUUUCACUCAGGCUCAUCAGUAACCAGAAUGCUGUGGGAACAGAUCAAACAGAUAAUUCAGCGGAUUACCUGGGUCAGCCCACCUGCUAUCACCAUGGAGUGGAAGCGGAAAGUAGCUCAGGAUGCUAUUGAGAGCCUCAGUGCCUCCAAGCUGGCGAAGAGCAUCUGCAGCCAAUUCCGGACCAGGCUAAACAGCUCUCAUGAGGCUUUUGCAGCCUCUCUGCGACAGCUAGAGGCUGGCCAUUCAGGCAGGUUGGAGAAAACGGAAGACCUUUGGCUGAAGGUGCGGAAAGACCAUGCCCCUCGGCUAGCCCGCCUCUCGCUGGAGAGCAGGUCUCUGCAGGAUGUGUUGUUAUACGGUAAACCGAAGCUAGGCCGUGAGCUGGGCCGAGGGCAGUAUGGAGUGGUGUACUUGUGUGAUAGUUGGGGGGGCCAUUUCCCAUGUGCACUCAAAUCAGUCGUCCCUCCAGACGAGAAGCACUGGAAUGACCUUGCACUUGAGUUUCACUAUAUGAGGUCUUUACCAAAGCAUGAGCGACUAGUAGAUCUCCAUGGCUCCGUGAUAGAUUACGGCUAUGGGGGAGGUUCCAGCAUUGCUGUCCUACUGAUAAUGGAACGGUUGCACAGAGAUCUCUAUACAGGACUAAGGGCUGGGCUGAUACUGGAGACACGAUUGCAGAUUGCUCUGGAUGUAGUUGAAGGGAUCCGGUUUCUGCACAGUCAGGGGCUUGUUCAUCGGGACAUCAAACUUAAAAAUGUAUUGCUUGACAAAAAGAAUCGUGCCAAAAUCACGGACCUGGGAUUCUGCAAGCCUGAGGCCAUGAUGUCUGGCAGUAUUGUUGGGACACCCAUCCAUAUGGCUCCUGAGCUCUUUACAGGGAAAUAUGAUAACUCGGUGGAUGUUUAUGCAUUUGGUAUCCUGUUCUGGUACAUCUGUUCAGGACAUGUGAAGUUACCAGAGGCCUUUGAGAGGUGUGCAAGCAAAGACCACCUUUGGAACAAUGUUAGAAGAGGAGUACGCCCAGAGCGCCUCCCUGCAUUUGAUGAGGAAUGCUGGCAGCUGAUGGAAGCUUGCUGGGAUGGAGACCCUUCCCAGCGUCCCCUCCUGGGCAUUGUCCAGCCCAUGCUGCAGCGGAUCAUGGACAGACUCUGCAAGUCAAGCUCUGAACAGUCAAACAAAGGGUUAGAUGAUUCUACUUGA